AUGGCAAGAGAGAUGGCACAGUGCUCCUUUAUUCAUGAGGGGAGACUUUCCAACGAAGUGGAGCACUUUCUGUUAACAAACCCUAACCCGCCUCCGGGUCGCCCCAGGCGAUUCCGAGGCGACCGCGCCGCCGCCGCCACCCCACCCCUCCCCGAGCCCUCCACCCCCGCUGCCGUCGGAGGAAGCCGCCAGCCGGCGGACGGCGGCAGCGGAGGCCAUCUCCUCCCAAAAUCCAAGCCCCUAACCCCAACAAUCCACUCGAAUCGGGCAAGCAUCGGCCCUCCAACCCCAUCUCCUCUCGCUCCUCGCGCAAGUCGACGACGGCAGCCGGGAUCUGAUCGCUGCCGCGCGGCUCCUCUUCAUCGGCCGCCGGGAUCUGCCGCGGGCGUGCGGCUGCUCUCCCGGACGAGCUCCUCACCUUCGCCCUCCCACCUUUUGACGCGCGCACCCGUCGUCAUCCGCCGUGGCCGCUCUCCGCCCGCAGCAAGCACCAGGUGGGCGAUCGGCCUCCGCCCUCGGCCGGUGUCCCGCGCCGCCUGCUCCUGCCUGCUUCUCCCCGCCGCCGUCACGCCGACCCGCAGCCAACACGCUGCCCCGACGUCGACCACCUCACGGCCGAGGCUGCUGCUCGCCCCGUCGAUCCGUCCCAGCAGCCGUCUGGGCACCGGCCGGCCUCCAGUCCACCUCCGGGUCGGGCCUCCUCUGCUUCUGAAUCAACAGAUCGAGGCCUGCCCCGGACCCAACCGCCCCCUCUGCCACGUGCUGCGCGACGGGCCCUCUUCUUCUUCGACAUCGACGCCACCCCUGACCCGCCUCGCCCUGUCGUGA